AUGAACGGCAAUCACAGAGGCGACGACAUCAAACCCUCAACUUUGAAUGGAGAACAACAGGGAGUCAGGGACGGCGAAGAAGGAUUAUACGCAAACCACGAUAUCAAUCCAAACGUAUUAGCAGAUCAACAGGUGCCUGGUCAGUCUGAAGACGUAGAAGCCAACAUGGAAGUGACAAGGCGAGAGAGUCAAAGUCCUGUUAAACGGACUCCUCCUUCUCCUCGAACAAAAGGUCAAAUCAUCCAUGGUGAAAUGACUCCAUUGACUUUACCAUCUUCCAGUGUUCCUCUGCCGCAAACGCCGAUAAUGACUGGUGAAUCUCCUCUACAAACUCCUACGAAUCAUGAAGAUCUCGUUGGAAUGGAACAGCAUAAACCUAUAGACGUUGAGCAGUCCAGCCUUGCAUCCACAUCAAUAUCAACACCACUCGCUGCAAAGACGGAACGUGGUAGAACACAUUCACUGCCGAUGCAGAAACCGAAAUCAUUUAAUGGAAGAGCACGUUCUGGAUCGAAUCACAAACCAUCACGUAGCUCUAGGAUAGGUGGCGGCCUGACAAAGUAUCAACCUGACGAAGGAUUAUCUGGUAUCGCAUCAGCACCAAUAUCACCAUCUCUACCGCGAAAACUACUAGAUAGUAGUAACCCAUUAUCAUCAGCAACUGUAGAAUUCGCUCCAUGGCAGCACCAAUUCAACAGCGAUUCACCUGAAAUAUCACCAGAAACAUCAUCAAAACAACUUCAUACGCAUCAACGAACGUCUUCCGUGGUGCUAACAUGGAAUGGUCUGCAUGCAGACGAGAAGCCAACUUCAUCAUCGUCCUCGACGAGGCAAAGUGUUGCUUCUGAUAAUAGUAGUAAUGGUAUACCCGGCUCGCCUCCCAAUCCCUUUGCGUCAGAUUCAUCAUCCGUCGGCCAGGAUAUCAAGCUGGAACGGUUUGAGACUGUCAAGCCGCGAUUUGAUUCCCUGUUAUGGCAGUAUAUUGGGCAGGAACUGGCUAGCAACGACUUUGAUGCAUUGACGUUAGUGGACUUGAAGAGAGAACGAGUUCAAAACUUUCUCAGUGUGCCUCAAGAGCUCGAGAAGUAUGUCGAUGCUUCUCGCCUUUAUCACUCUGUGAGAGGUCAAGGUGUUCUCAAGCUAUAUGUCAUUUUCAAUGUCCUCGAGAUUGGAGACAAGCUGUGCUCUGCAUUCGGACACGAUAUACUAGAUUCGUUAUUCUCAAAUACGUCGCAUAGUUCAAGUAGAGCUCACAAUCAUGACCCACGACCAGGAUUAGCACCAGUAACGCACUUGAUUGUAUCCUUCUUAUACGUGUUUGCUCAUUCCAUGUGCUUGUUUUAUCAAGUCAUGACACUGAAUGUGGCAAUCAACUCGUAUAAUAAUGCAUUGUUGACGCUAUUGGUCAGCAAUCAGUUUGUAGAAAUCAAGGGUAGCGUAUUCAAAAAGUUUGAAAAGGAGAAUCUGUUUCAAUUGUCUUGUAGUGAUAUAAUUGAACGCUUCCACCUAUCCGUGUUUCUCGCUGUCAUCACCGUCCGCAAUUACUUGGAAGCAGGGAGCCACGAAGCCAUACAAACAUUUUACGAACUGUCAGCUCCUCUCUUCGCUCCAUCGCAAUGGUUGUCAUUUUUAGAAGUACCCUCUAUAGCCGGAAUCGGAUCAUUCUUGACGUUCCUAAUGUCACUACCCAUCUACCAAACUCUAGAAACUCUCUUGACUCCCAUCGUAGUAGUCUUUGGAUCCGAAGUACUAGUGGACUGGCUAAAACACGCAUUCAUAACUAAAUUCAAUCACAUUCGGCCAGAUGUAUAUAGUAGGUUUCGAGAAUCCUUGUAUCGGGAUCUGGUAAUGGUACGAGGGUGGAAUCUUGAGGAGGAGCCUGAUGAACAGCAGAAUGGGAAUGGAGAUAGUAAUAGUAGAUUCGAUUUCAAUAGUACGGCACUCCCAGGUGAUAUAUUUCCUGAUCGUCAGCGAAGGAGACGAGCUACAUCGAACUUGUUACGGGAUUUUACGUCUGGUCGUAUGUCGCUUGUAGAUCAGUCGCCGGCUGUAGCUAGGCGGAUUGGGUUUGUGUCCCUUCCAUUGGCAUGUCUAUGUAUUCGAGUCAUAUUGCAGUCGCUUGGAAUGUUGGGGUUUCUCAGUACCACGUCGAGGGUCGCUCUUCUCAUGCUGCUGGCAGUCACAUUCAUGACUCUGGUAGCCAUCAAAGUGCUCCUUGGCAUUGAAUUGACUCGAUUUGCGCAUGACGGCUUGGAACGCGCAAUGAAGGCCAAGAAUUCCCCAACAAUGCCAAAAACUCCAUUAUAA